GAGAUUGGAGCCCAGAUCGAGAAGCUUACUCUGCUGGAAAGCUUCUAGGAUAACGCGAGCAAAGCUCUCAAAUCUGAGAAUCAGGAAACAGAGACCACGUUCAUUGUUGAAGCUUUUUACAUGUGGAAGGUGCCUUUGUGCCAGAUCUCCAAGGUAAUUUCCUGAUUCAUAUAUGAUAAUAGUCUCAGUGAUGUAUAAGACAUCAUGUGUAUUACUUAAUUUUCUUUUUUUUACUUUGUUAUGUCUGUCAUUUUAGGAAAUUUUGUACAUUCAUCAAAAAGUGAAAAAAUGAAAAAUGCAAUCAAUAUUCUUUAUGUUGAA